UCAAAAUCUGAAGUUUCAGAAAGAGCGAGAGGACCCUGCUGCUUGAAAGACGUACACCACUGCUGCCUAAACAAGACUGGUUGGAUUCUUUGCUCUUGUUAACAUUUCAACAACCGGGAGAUCAUUUACUCAGAAAUAGUGUUCACUGAAAAACUCAACUUAAGGGCAAGGUGUUAUCCUAGAGAUGCAGGCCAGUCUGAGUUUAACCUCUCUUCUCUGUUUCACAACAUGGAUGAACUUGGUCCAAGCAAUCAGCGGAGCUGUAAGUAACUGUCCGUGUAUUGCGGUCUACGAUACUAAAGUCCAGCACUUUAAAAUUAAGGAAUACACCAUUCAGAAGGAAGGCGUCUGUCUCUUUAAGGCAAUUGUGUUUCAGACUGUGGCUGGAAAGACGAUUUGUAAAGAGCCUGACGAUGAAUGGGCAAACUUUGUCAUUCUGCAGCUGAAGAAAAGACAGACUACAACAACAUCAGCACCAGGACCACUAUUACACGCAACACCAACAACACCAUCAAGCCCAACAACAUUACCAGAAUCAGAACCAACACCAACAACAGCACCAGGAUCUAAACCAUCAUCAGUACCAACAUCAGGACAAGGAUCCGAACUGCCGUCAACACCAACAUCUGCACCAUUACCACUAGCACCAGUAUCAGAACAAACAUCAACACCAACAUUAGGACCAGGAUUAGAACAAGAAUCACACCCACUGUCAACACCAACAUCAGCACGACCCACACCAGGAUCAAAACCACUUUUAACCCUAACAUCAUCAACACCAGCAACAGCCCCAUCAAGCCGGACACCAUUACCCAGAUCAGAACCAACAUCAACACCAACAUUAGCAGCAUCAACCACAACCUCCACUUCCUCAGUAACACCUGCCUCAGCACCAUCAACAACAAAAACUUCAAACCUCUAUUUCUCUUCUUCAACAUUUGCAAAAUCAACUCCAAAUCCAACAUCAGUAUCAACAUCAGUUCCAAACAACAUUGCUGGUGCUUCUGGUACCAGAUCAGCAAGUCACCGUAUACCAGCAAAAUCCACAAGUAGAAGAAAAACAUCCACACGAAGGCGUUCAACAACAAGGAAACAAAAUAGGAGGAAAAUGAGGCAAUGGCAGAGAAGAAGUACAAAGAAAUUAAUGUGAUCAUUGUUAGCAAAGUUUGUUCUGAGAAAUAUGACAUGCAUACUUAAAUGCAGUGGCUUUCAAUGCUUUGCAGCCUUAGUUUAAGAUAAACUAAGGAUGAAUUGUUGCAAUAUUUGCCUAUUUGAUUUAACCAUUUCUUUGUCAAUAUUUUAUUUGCAAGUUUUUCUCAACAACUAUCGAAACACUUAGAAAAUUGCCUUGUGACACAUCCUGGAUGUUCCGACGGUGGAGAAUCAAAGCUUUAAUGAGGCACAGCAAAAUACUUGUAAAGCUAUGUUUUAAAUUUGUAUUGUAUUUAUGUAAACAUUGAUUCUUUAUUUUUUUAUAAAUCUGUAUAUAAAACAAAAAAAAUCUACAUAUUUUAAGUAUUUUAAUUUACAAUUAAAUCAUAUUUAACAAA